AUGUCUGUCUUCCAAGGGCUCCUACCAAAUCAUUUCAAGAAGCCGCUUCUUGAUGCCGGACCUCUUCACUCCCAAGGUCCCAACGCAGCACUAGUUGUUUUUGGCUCGCCACCAGCCCAAAUCCUCUGUUCUCACGCCGGGUCAGCGUUGGCUAGUGAUGGCAUUCGCUUAGAAACUAAAAGAGAGUCUUUUGGCUCCUCACCUUGUCCCGGUCAGCUGACCUUGAUUCACAGAACCGAGGCCAAAGUGACAAGGGAGGGUAACCAAGGCAGAAAAUGUACACACCGAGUUGUCUGGAUGGAGCAUGCUCGGAUUGGUCUCAUCGAAGUAGACUUCUGUGUUGCCAGGCUGCAGGGAGUGCGCGAAAGCCAUGGCCGACACACAGAACUUCAUCGCCAUGGCAGCAAAUUCUGUGUGCUAGCUGGAUUGAUCUAG